AUGGGUAAUACAAAUAGAUUGUUGACUGGGGUUGCGACCGUUAAUCAUCAAUCAUUUAUUAAAUCACCAGGCUAUUUUAAUAAAGAUGGUGAAUUAGAAGGGGUUGCAAAGGCUCAAAAGAAUCCACUAGUUGAUGAACAAUUAUUCAGUGAUAUAAUAGUUGAUUAUUUCGAAAAACUUGGUAGAACCAUGAGUGUUGCAGAUCAAAUUAACAGACUUGGUGCCCUAGCUCAAGAUGAUUUCAGUAGUCAUUAUGGAGUACCAAUAUUUGCAUUACAUUGUAAUCAUCCUAAAUUAGAUCCAUUGGUAUAUAAUAUAUGA